CAUCUUCCAGCGAUCCAAAACAAUAAUCAGGAGUUUCGCUGGGAAUCUUGGGAGAGAAUUGUUUUCUUUAGACUGAAACGAUCAGGAGUUUCACUUCUUUGCUUGAAAUCAAUGAAUACCGGCAGCCUCGCCCUUGCAACCGCCGCCGCCGUCGGUUCGUCAUCCUCUCGGCGUUCAAGCUGGAAGAACGUGGUGUUCCUGAGCUUUAGAGGUGAGGACACACGCAAUGGGUUCACAAACCACCUCUCCUAUGCGUUACGCGAGGCCGGAAUCAACACAUUUACAGACGACAAGCUCAGAAGGGGGGAAAAUAUACAGAGCGAACUUGACCGAGAAAUCGAAGGGUCGAGGAUCGCGGUCGUCGUCUUCUCAAAGAGUUACGCGGAGUCCCGAUGGUGCUUGAGGGAGCUGUCGAAGAUCAGGAGGGAGGGGAAAGUAGUCUAUCCUAUAUUCUACGACGUUAACCCUUCUCAAUUGAGGGAACAGAGUGGUAGUUUGGGGGAAGCAUUUCGGAAGGAAGAUCCAAAUGAGGUGGAGCAGUGGAGAAGGGAUCUUAAGGCUUGUGCGGAUUUAAGUGGCCGGACUUUUAAGACCACGGCGGGCGGGCGUGAAGGACUGUUUAUCCAGAAAGUUGUUUGAACAAUUCGUUAUGUCUUUUUUGAACAAAAUUUCCUAAUAAUUCCUACUUUGGUGAAAAAUUAUAUGAACAUUUGUUUAAGAAUAAUCUAUCAUGAUUGUUGCUCCUGCAAAAAUUGUUAGUUUCAAUAACCUUUGCUAUGAGCUAUCUCUAUAUAUCAUCAUGCCCUUCAACAAAAGAAGUAGUGGAAGAACUAGCUGAGGAAGCCAUGGAUGAUUGAUCAGAGAAGAGCUUCUACUCACUGAGAAGCUUGUGUUGUUUGUUACUAGUAACAGGGCUAGUUUUCUGUACAGAACGUGUGUUUUUCUCAUGAGCACGGACCUCGGUGUAUCGAUCGACAUAAAACUCCCACCCAUUAAGGGCAUCAGCUAGUAACCGUAAUAUCUCAUUGAAAUUCCCAGAGGGUUAUCCACCAGUCGUUCAUGUCAGCUUAAAGGUCCUUCUUUUAAGGGUUUAGGGGUAGUGUUUGAUUCAAAUAUCAAGUCUAAUUAAUUCUUAAUUUAACAUAUAUAUUUAACCUUAUGAUAAUUGGUUAAGUCCAACAAGAUCCAACAUUUGGGAGUCUGGCUAAUCAGCCGAAGUCAUGAUGAAUUAGUUUAGUACAUAUUAAUCUUGGUGUUGCAUGAUGAAUCAUCUCUUUUCAUAAUUUGGACUUUCAAU